AGCGGCCAGCGUGGGAGUUUACGACUGACAGAGGAAGUCUGGCGGAGACGAAGGGGUGCUGAGAGAGACAUUGCGGACAAAUUCGGGGAAAGCAAUCAAAGAAAAAUCAACCGGGAAAGAUACAGUUCUCGGCAGAGUAUAAAACGUAAAGAAAAGGGAGACAAAAAGGAAAAGAAAAAAUAAAGAAAAGAAAAGAGCCCAAGCCACCGGGGACAUCAGUAGCAUGGACGAGCUGCAGAUAUCUCCGGCAGAUUCUCGGGAGAGUCCAGGGAAGGAGCAGCAGGCGGCUGGAGUUGGGAUUCUCCUUCAGAUCAUGAUGCUCGUGCUCUCUUUCGUCCUCGGCCAUGUCCUUCGGCGUCACCGCUUCUAUUACCUACCCGAGGCUAGCGCCUCCCUUUUGAUUGGUCUGAUUGUUGGUGGACUGGCUAACGUUUCCGAUACAGAAACUAGCAUCAGGGCUUGGUUUAACUUCCAUGAGGAGUUUUUCUUCCUGUUUUUAUUACCUCCAAUAAUCUUUCAAUCAGGAUUCAGUCUUCAGCCGAAACCAUUCUUUUCAAAUUUUGGAGCCAUUGUCACCUUUGCAAUUGGAGGGACCUUCAUUGCUUCUGUUGUAACAGGGAUUCUGGUCUACCUUGGUGGUUUAAUGUAUCUUACAUACAAACUACCCUUUGUCGAAUGUUUGAUGUUUGGUGCUCUUAUAUCAGCAACAGAUCCUGUGACUGUUCUAUCCAUAUUUCAGGAGCUUGGCACGGACACGAAUCUGUAUGCGUUGGUCUUUGGGGAGUCUGUGUUGAAUGAUGCAAUGGCAAUCUCCUUGUACAGGACAAUGUCAUUAGUGAGAAGCCAUAGUUCUUCAGAACAGAACUUCUUCAUGAUCAUUGUUAGAUUUCUUGAGACCUUUGUUGGCUCAAUGUCAUCAGGUGUUGGCGUUGGAUUUACCUCGGCUCUCCUUUUUAAAUAUGCUGGUCUUGACAUUGACAAUCUUCAGAACUUGGAGUGCUGUCUAUUUGUCCUCUUUCCAUAUUUCUCGUACAUGCUAGCAGAAGGACUUGGUCUCUCUGGUAUUGUUUCGAUAUUGUUCACUGGAAUUGUUAUGAAGCACUACACAUUCUCAAAUCUGUCAGACAAUUCGCAGCGGUUUGUGUCUGCUUUUUUUGACCUGAUAUCAUCAUUGGCUGAGACAUUUGUAUUUAUAUACAUGGGAUUUGAUAUUGCCAUGGAGCAACAUAGCUGGUCCCACAUUGGAUUCAUCUUUUUCUCAAUUUUAUUCAUUGUAAUUGCAAGAGCUGCAAAUGUUUUUGGCUGUGCGUAUUUGAUAAACUUGGUUAGACCAACGAACCGCAAAAUACCUUUGAAACAUCAAAAGGCGCUUUGGUACAGCGGACUUCGAGGGGCUAUGGCUUUUGCACUUUCAUUGCAAUCAGUUCACGAUCUUCCUGAGGGACAUGGUCAGACAAUAUUCACUGCAACAACUGCAAUUGUUGUUUUGACGGUCUUGUUGAUUGGAGGAUCAACAGGUACAAUGCUGGAAGCUCUAGAGGUUGUGGGCGAUGGACAUGAUGGAUCUUUAGGGGAAAGCUUUGAGGGCAACAAUGGCUAUAUAGCUCCUCCUUAUGAUGGGGAAUCAUCCUCAGGAAACAGGCUCAAAAUGAAGCUUAAAGAAUUUCACAAAAGCACGGCAUCAUUUACAGCAUUAGAUAGGAACUACCUCACUCCCUUUUUUACUUCUCAAAGUGGCGAUGAAGAUGAUGAGGGUAAGACAAAAAUCUUUUUAUACUCUUAGUAAAUGCCGUCAAGGAACUGGAAGAAUGGAUACCAUUGCAGCAGAUGAGCCUAUGAUUAGUUCUAGGAGAGGAGAUUAUCGCGGCCAUGACUGAAUAUCAAGCAGCAGAGAAUUUCUUCUGUUGCAAUCGGACAGACCUCAUUAUGGAAGCUAGGCUGUGGUCUUUCACAUCUCAUUGGCCGUGAGGAGCAUAUUAAGGGGAGAACCUGUCAAUUAGACAUUCUGACCAUACACAAAGUUAUAGUAUCGAGAUGGUUGUAGAUUUGUAAGUAGGAGAGAUAGAAUGUACACCAAUUGGUAGAUAAGAGGCAUAAAAGUGCAUGCUCAUCCAAGAACUAAUUUGUGCACGUGUUUGGAACUCUACUUGAUUUGGGAUUUGUUCUUUUCUGCUAGGUCAUUACAAAUGGGUAGCGAUAUUGCUAGAGCAAUAAUUUUCUAAAUGUGAAAACUAACCCUUACGAAGGUCAAUCCAUUUGUCCUUAUUUAUUAUGAUGAAUAAAUGAAACUUACUGA